UCGUUUUAUAUUACAUACGUAAAUAUCUGUCAAUUUUUAAACCAAAAGAAAAGAAAGAGAAAUAUGGUCUCGUCUCGUGUGUGUAUAAUAAUUUUGGAACAAAUUCCCUAAUCCGACUCCAUUGGAUCAUGUAACAUUCCACCUUGAAUUUGUCCCCAUUCAUCUUCAUCCACAAACAUUUCCCAUAAUCUUCUCUUUAUAUUUUCCAAUCAAUUUCACAUAAUCACAAUCAUCAUCACCAAAACUCUGUUUUUUUCAUUACAUGCAUUGAAAUUACUAAUAACAACAAUGCCAUUACAGAGCAAAUCACGUAGUAACAAGAGGUCAUCAUCAUCGUCCUCUUACGCCUCCACCAUAACAAUGGUGGUCUUCGUAGGACUCUGUUUUCUAGGCGUUUGGAUUCUCACUUCUAAUUCUGUUAUUCCACCACAAGCCACCACUCGCACCGCCACCACUGAUUCCGAAUCGAAUUCCAACUCUGAUUCCGAAGAAGUUCAAUCUAAACCCGAAUCGAAUCUUAAUACAGAAGAAGUUCAAUCAGUGAACAAGCCAGAAACUAUUACUACUACUGCUACUACGACGUCGUUUGAAGAUAAUCCUGGUGAUCUUCCUUAUGAGGCUAUUAAAAACGACGAUCUACCUAAACCAGAUCAGCAAACGACAACUAAGGUAUCUGCAGAAAUAACACAUUUGACUUUGACUGAACCCAACAACAAUGUUACUAAUUCGAAAGUAGAAGAAUUAGAUCAAGAAAAGAAUAGAGAGCAACGACAAGAGGACGAGUCCAACGACAAUAACAAUAAUGUUGAAGAAGAAAAACGACAACAAACCCAACAACAACAAGAGCAACAGAGCAAUGUAGAGAACAUUGAAACAGAGCCUCAGAUUGAGAAUAAUAAUACUGCUACUACAACAACACAAAACGACCCCAAAACGACAAAUACUGAGAAAAACGACGAUCCAUCAACAGAGCAAGAAUUUAGUGACGUGACCAACCAAGAUGUAGUAGUACAACAACAACAACAACAACAACAACAACAACAACAACAAACUCAGAAGCAUGAUGAUAAUGGUGGGUCGAAUUCUGGAACUGUGGAGUCUUUUCCGGGUGGGGACAGUUCAGGGAUUCCUAAGGAAUCUAAGGAGUCGAAGAAGUCGUGGUCUACUCAGGCGGCUCAGUCGGAGAAUGAGAAGGAGAGGAGGAAGGAUGAAUCGGACGGUCCUGAUGAGAUGUAUGGUUACACGUGGCAACUUUGUAACGUAACUGCAGGAGCUGAUUAUAUACCUUGUUUGGAUAACGAGAAAGCGGUUAAGAAACUGCGUUCGACCAGGCAUUUCGAGCACCGUGAGAGGCAUUGCCCUGAGGAAGGUCCGAUGUGUCUCGUUCCUGUCCCGGAGGGUUACAAGAGACCCAUCGAAUGGCCAACAAGCAGAGACAAGAUAUGGUACCAUAACGUACCACACACGUUGCUGGCAGAAGUGAAAGGGCACCAAAAUUGGGUGAAGGUGACAGGAGAAUUCUUGACCUUUCCUGGUGGUGGCACCCAGUUCAUACAUGGAGCCCUACAUUACAUUGAUUUUCUUCAACAGGCAGUAAAAGAUAUUGCAUGGGGAAAGCGCACUAGGGUGGUAUUGGACGUAGGUUGUGGAGUAGCCAGCUUUGGGGGGUUUCUAUUUGACAGAGAUGUUCUCGCCAUGUCUUUUGCUCCAAAAGAUGAACACGAAGCUCAAGUUCAGUUCGCCCUCGAAAGAGGAAUACCUGCAAUUUCGGCUGUCAUGGGUUCUCAGAGGCUCCCAUUCCCCAGCAGGGUUUUCGAUCUUGUUCACUGCGCUCGUUGCAGAGUCCCCUGGCACGCUGAAGGAGGUACGCUUCUUUUGGAAUUGAACCGUGUUUUGAGACCCGGGGGAUACUUUGUCUGGUCAGCCACACCAGUGUAUCAGAAGCUUGAAGAAGAUGUAGAAAUCUGGAAAGCAAUGUCUUCACUGACGGCCUCUAUGUGUUGGGAGCUUGUGACCAUCAAGAAGGACAAGCUGAAUUCGAUCGGUGCUGCCAUCUACCGCAAGCCCACAUCCAAUGAAUGUUAUGAUAGAAGAAAGCAUAAGCAGCCUUCGAUGUGUAAGGAUGACGAUGAUGCAAAUGCUGCCUGGUACGUACCUUUACAGACAUGCAUGCACAGAGUCCCAGUUGAUGUGGCCGAGAGAGGAACUCAAUGGCCUGAGAACUGGCCACGCCGACUGCAGACACCACCAUAUUGGCUUAAUGACUCCCAAAUGGGGAUCUAUGGGAAGCCAUCGUCUCAAGAUUUUGCUGCUGAUUACGAGCAUUGGAAACGUGUCGUGAAUAAUUCUUAUAUGAGCAGAUUAGGCAUCAGUUGGUCUAAUGUGAGGAAUGUGAUGGACAUGAGGGCUGUUUAUGGAGGGUUUGCAGCAGCUAUGAAGGACGUUAAAAUUUGGGUGAUGAAUGUGGUGAAUGUGGAUUCUCCAGAUACACUUCCAAUAAUCUAUGAACGAGGUCUUUUCGGAAUAUACCAUGAUUGGUGUGAAUCCUUCAGUACAUACCCUAGAACAUAUGAUCUUCUUCACGCAGAUCAUCUUUUCUCAAAGUUAACAAAGAGGUGCAAACUUGGUCCGGUGCUGGCAGAGGUUGAUAGGAUUGUUAGACCGGGAGGCAAAUUGAUUGUCCGGGAUGAGUCCCGUGCAAUAGGAGAAGUUGAGAACUUGUUGAAAUCUCUGCAUUGGGAGGUUCGUUUAACCUUUUCCAAGAAUCAGGAAGGAAUUCUUAGUGCACAGAAAGGGGAUUGGCGACCAAAGACAUAUGCUAUGUCUUCCUGAUUUCCUGGACAAAAGGGUGUUUUCUUCUUAUCAUCUGCUGCAGGGCGACUGAUUCGUCGGCCACCUGACAUUUGGGCUACCCAUUUGCAGCUUGUUAUCUGUUUUUUAAUAGCUAUAGAAUUUGCUGCAAUUAGGCAAGAUAGAUGUACCUGUUGUAUCUGUUCAGUGCUUAAGUUCUUAGAAAACAAACAGUGAGAAAAAAAGAAUGCCUAUACAAAAUCAAAUUGAAGUCAAAGUGCAUGGUCUUGAAAAUAGAGCUAAUGAAAGUUAUUAUACCAUUAUAAUGUAUGUUUCUCUACUGCUUUUGAUAAAGGACAUUGUCCUUGAAGGGAGAUUUUUGUAUGGAUAAGUAAAUGUUAACUUAAAUAUGAACAUUUAAAGAGUUGAGACAUAUUGUUUUUCCCC